GUGCCGUGCUGCCCGCUGUACAGUGGUGAGUUGGUGUGCUGGGCAGUUGGGCAUGGUGGUCGUUGGGACUUGUUCCUGCCGGGGCGGGAAGGCAGGGCUGUCUGGCCUCUAGAUCUUCACCCUCCGUUAAGGAAAUGACCAACCAGUACAGUAUUCUCUUCAAGCAAGAGCAAGCCCAUGAUGAUGCCAUCUGGUCAGUUGCCUGGGGAACAAACAAAAAGGAAAACAUUGAAACUGUGGUCACAGGGUCCCUGGAUGACCUGGUGAAGGUUUGGAAAUGGCGUGAUGAGAGGCUGGAGCUACAGUGGAGUCUGGAGGGACAUCAGCUGGGGGUGGUGUCUGUGGACAUCAGCCACACCCUUCCCAUUGCUGCAUCCAGCUCUCUUGAUGCUCACAUUCGUCUCUGGGACUUGGAAAAUGGCAAACAGAUAAAGUCUAUAGAUGCAGGACCUGUGGACGCCUGGACUUUGGCCUUCUCCCCUGACUCCCAGUAUCUAGCCACAGGAACUCACGUGGGGAAAGUGAACAUUUUCGGUGUGGAAAGUGGGAAAAAAGAAUAUUCUUUGGACACUAGAGGAAAAUUCAUCCUGAGUAUUGCAUACAGUCCUGAUGGAAAAUACCUGGCCAGUGGAGCCAUAGACGGAAUCAUCAAUAUUUUUGAUAUUGCAACUGGAAAGCUUCUGCACACGCUGGAAGGCCAUGCGAUGCCCAUUCGCUCCCUGACCUUUUCCCCCGACUCCCAGCUCCUCGUCACGGCUUCAGAUGACGGCUACAUCAAGAUCUAUGAUGUACAACACGCCAAUCUGGCUGGCACACUGAGUGGCCACGCGUCCUGGGUGCUGAACGUCGCAUUCUGUCCUGAUGACACUCACUUUGUCUCCAGUUCAUCUGACAAGAGUGUAAAGGUCUGGGAUGUUGGCACCAGGACCUGUGUGCACACCUUCUUUGACCACCAGGACCAGGUUUGGGGAGUAAAAUAUAACGGAAAUGGAUCAAAAAUUGUGUCUGUUGGAGAUGACCAGGAAAUUCAUGUCUAUGACUGCCCAAUUUAAACACAGCAUCUUCAGGGCCAGGGCCACAGAGUGUGCAGGGUGGAUCAUGACAUUCCUUACCUUCUUGGGACACUUAAAAUACAGCAUAUAGUGUAGUACAUUUUGUAGAUAACAGUAUAAAGUUUUUCCUGUUUUAUUGGAGAUGCUGCUCAUAUUUUACUGUAAAUAAAGCAUUCUUAAUGCAA